GCCUCCGGCCUCUCGUCCCCCCGGCCUCCCCGCCUCCGGCCCCGCUCCCCGUUCCUGCUAAGAUGGCGUCCCUGGCGGCUGCGCGGGCGCUUCUGCGAGACCUGGCGCUCCGGCCGCGGCUCCUGGCGGCCAGGUCGCAGGCAGUCCACUUAACCCCCAGACGAUGGCUGAACCUGCAGGAGUACCAGAGCAAGAAGCUGAUGGCCGACAACGGAGUGAAAGUUCAGAGGUUCUUUGUAGUGGACACUGCGAACGAAGCUCAGGAGGCCGCUAAGAAACUGAAUGCAAAAGAAGUAGUCUUAAAAGCCCAGAUCUUAGCUGGAGGAAGAGGAAAAGGUGUCUUCAGCAGCGGUUUGAAAGGCGGCGUUCAUUUAACCAAAGACCCUAAAGUUGUGAGACAGUUGGCUAAACAGAUGAUCGGGUAUAACCUGACAACGAAACAAACUCCAAAAGAAGGUGUGAAAGUUAAUAAGGUGAUGGUCGCUGAAGCCUUGAACAUUUCCAGGGAGACCUACUUUGCGAUUCUGAUGGACCGGUCCUGCAACGGCCCCGUGCUGGUGGGCAGCCCCCAGGGGGGCAUGGACAUCGAAGAGGUGGCGGCUUCAAGUCCAGAACUUAUUUUUAAGGAGCAGAUUGACAUUAUGGAAGGGAUAAAGGACAGUCAAGCUCAGCGGAUGGCAGAAAAUUUGGGCUUCCAUGGGCACUUGAAAAACAAGGCCGCCGAUGAAAUUAAGAAGCUGUACAACCUCUUCCUGAAGAUUGAUGCCACACAGGUGGAAGUGAACCCCUUUGGUGAGACUCCGGAAGGACAAGUUGUCUGUUUUGAUGCCAAGAUAAACUUUGAUGACAACGCAGAAUUCCGACAGAAGGACAUAUUCGCCAUGGAUGACGGAUCAGAAAACGAGCCCAUUGAAAACGAAGCUGCCAAAUACGACCUCAAAUACAUAGGACUGGACGGGAACAUCGCCUGCUUUGUGAAUGGUGCUGGCCUCGCCAUGGCUACUUGUGAUAUCAUUUUCCUGAAUGGAGGGAAGCCAGCCAACUUCUUGGAUCUUGGAGGAGGCGUACAGGAAUCUCAAGUCUAUCAAGCCUUCAAAUUGCUCACAGCUGAUCCUAAGGUUGAAGCCAUUCUAGUCAAUAUUUUUGGUGGAAUUGUCAACUGUGCCAUCAUCGCCAAUGGGAUCACCAAGGCCUGCCGGGAGCUAGAACUGAAGGUGCCCCUGGUGGUCCGGCUUGAAGGAACCAACGUCCACGAGGCCCAGCGCAUCCUCAGCAGCAGCGGGCUCCCCAUCACCUCGGCCGUGGACCUGGAGGACGCAGCCAAGAAGGCCGUGGCCAGCGUGGCCAAGAAGUGAGCCUGGGCCCUGAUCCCUGGAGGAAGAAGUCCAUUUGCCAUAAAACGGGCUGGUUCUCUUCUCACUGAAGGAAAUGGUUAUCUCUUUGGGGAAAACUCAGGAAGGGGAGAAGCAAAACCAUUGUGUAAAA